UCAGUGUCUGAUGACGAAUUUCCCUGCGAAUCAUUAUCACUCAAUUCUGCAAGUGAUUCUAAUUCACUGUCGCUGUUUUCUAGCUGAUCUAAAACCGCUUUUGACCUAAAAGGACACUUUUUGGACGCCAUGGACGUUCUCAAGUUUCCAGGCAGAGAGAACGGUAAAAGUGCAGGCAGGGCACAGGACAAAGCACUCGGGACAAAACUGAGCUGAAAUGGUUUGAUACAGUAAUGUACCAUUACAAUGUAUUGUGUGUAUGUCAUGUUUUUACUUUUUUGAAUCUCCCGUCAGUUCUGCCUUCCUGCGUUGCGGCGCUUGCAGGGAAGGGAACCCGGAAGACUGAUACCGGCAUCGGCCGGAGGACACCGGUUGGAGGACACAGUGGA